GCCAAAAAGACCCUCAGCCAUAUUCUGGUUUCAAUUCAGAAAGAGCUGUCAAAAUCUGACCAAACGGUGACUGCGCUUUCACAAAUAGAGAAUGUGGUUGGAAUGAUGCUGAAGGAUGUUGAAAGGGUAAGCAGUGAAUGUGGUGAGGAACUGAUCUAUCAAGCGCCACAGCGUUCUUCCUCCUCGUUGUCAUCCUCAUCUGCCAGAUCAAAGAAGUCAGAGUGGGAAUUUUCACUCCCUGGCACUCCCAUCUCUUCUGAUUUACCAGAGAGUAUUACUCAGCCCAUUGUGAGAUGCUCAGUCAUCGACAUGGGCAAAUCUACUAAGCCAAAAACAUUGGUGUGUGAUGCCAGGGAAAGCAUGUCUGCAAUAGUGGAUACCAUCAUAAAGGAGGUACAUCCAGAGGAAGAAGGGGAGGUUGCAUUCCACCCUGAUCUAACAGCUGCAAUAGCAAGACUGGAGGAGCUCAUAUCUCAGGGUAGGAUUGGUGCUCUCUCACGUGAUCUUACUCACCAAGUCAACCGCAUCAUUUCUGAGAGCAACUUGACCCCUCUGGUUCUGACAGUGGCGGCUGGAAAGAGUGCAUCCGAUACAGUCCUUACUGAGCUGAAGAGGAAUGACAAGACGGUGGGGAAGCCCACAGCUUACAAGCUGGUUCAGCUUUUUGCAGAGGAGUCUGUGAAGCGCCUCUUGCUUCCUAGCCUUGUGCCCUCUACAGCUUCAAUGAGUUUGGCUCAGGGAGUUAGUGUGCCGGCUAGCGUAUCUGAAGAUAGGAUUUCAUGUUCUUUUUCUACAUCAGCAUUUAGUGACACAGUCAGCCUGUUUACCAAAGUAAUGGUAAGCCAGGUCAUGGACUCUGUGGUUUCUGAUGCACAAAGCAGAGGGUCAUCUCCAACCGGAACUGUAACUGAUAUAGGCAGUCUACUGAGUGGUAAGUCCUACCCUCUGCCAUCUUUCUCCGCCAUCAGCAUGACAACAAGUGGGACCUCCAAUGCUGCACGAGGCUUUGAGGCCAACAUAGAUGCUGAGGAAAGGGAUACCAUCAGUUGUUUCGGUGUACCUCAGAGCAUUGUUUGUGAUCAGAAUUCAACCAGCCCGGAUGUUGCUUCGCUUUCAACCCCAUCCACUGACAACUUAGUCGGUGAUGAUGACUUCACCGGCCUCAUCAGCAUGUUAGUGGUGAGACUUCUGUCAAAAAUCCAAACCCAAACUGAUCUGUACCCAACUGACGUCACACGCACGUCACAAGACCUGAUUCCAAAAGUUAUAGCUGCCUUCUGUGCAUGGUCAGGCUGCUCUGAGACCCAAGCUUAUCCCAAGAACCUGAAGAGUCACAAAGUAUACAGCACCGUCUACAAACAUCUGUUGAAGGAGUUUGGCUCAGAGAAAAUACUCCAACUGGCCGUGUCGACUCAGGACUCCACUUUCAAUAGGAUUCUUGUGAAGUCAUUGAGCAAGGAGCUUCUCCACAGUUAUAACGAGGCAUCAAGAGCAGCCUCAAGAACAUCUUUCGAAGCCACCAGGCCAGAUGCUCUUCUCAUGGCUGAAGAUGUGAAGGCUACCAGAGGGAAGCUGUCUUUCCUACAAAGGCUUGCCAGACUGAAAUUCAACUUAAAGCCAUUCAUGAUGGGAAACAAGAAGGAUUCCAAUAAGAAUUCCCGUCAUUCUGAAUCCAAAGACCAGACUACUGCUGAAGAUAUCAUGUUGGCACAUCCUGCCACAUUUGGACUCCCAGAGGGUCUUCCCUCCACCUCUCAACAGGAGAAGCCUCGCAAAAGUCACCUUCUAAUCAGGAUGUUUUCCACCAUCUCCAUAGGCCUAUCCAAGCCAUUCAAACGGUUUUCAAACUUUUACCUUCGACAUCAACAAGCGACGCACGGGCUGGUCCUGCAGACUCCCACGCCCAUGGCCCAGGAGAAGGCUGGGGGCCACCUGCUCACUCACGUCCCAGCCAUCUCCUUUGAGACCGACUCUACUGUGGAGUGCACCUCCAAGAGGACUCCGGAAGAGAGGGAACGGGUGAAGGUUAAACUGGCCAACAUGGCCUUGAUGGGAAGGAUCAAAAGUCCUGGCUGUGAAAUGCCCAUUAUGUGUGAUUAUCGAAUUGAUCAUUUUCCACUUUUGAAACAACAAUGGGAAAGACAGGGUUUAUAGCAAAAGGUUGCUCAGAUUGGGCUUUUGGAAAAAUUGGGAGAAUGAAAGUGCACUCCUGAUUCAGAGAGAAAGAUCCAGCUUAAUCAUCCAUACCAUUGUUUAAAUUACAAUAAAAAAACAUUCAAACUGUUCCUGAGUUUUGAAAGACAGAGAAAGGAAAACAUCAUUAUCUUCAGUCUGUUCACACCUGUUCACACAAGUCCUACUGUCCACAAUCUCAGGGAUCUUCAAUACGAACACACCUGUUUCAGAAAACCUGAUCACUUUCACAUUCGAACAAUGUUUGUAGGAUACUUUUCAAUAACUCAAUAAAUGUAAGUGUUGAAACCAUACAUAGCUGGUAACUUGAGCUCGUCAGAGUAGUUUUGACCUGUGUCCAGAUGCAGUCAUUUAUGUUGUCUAAAGGCAAUUUGUCUCUUAUAACAAUGUUAUUUUUCUGAAUAAUCUAAUUUAAUUGACUGGUAGGUAGUCACUAACUAUUUGUAGCAUGUGUUCCUCUGUUUAUUGAUAUUUACAUGGUG